CUUCUCUGUUCAAGCUUUCUGGUAGAACUCGAUGAUGGCGCGUGGCUUCUUGCUGGUAGGCGGAGGAAUCACCAGACAUGAAUCGGUCCAAGCGUAGGUUAGUCUGCUAGUGGUGGAACUGGAAAGUGAGAUUAAUAAACAAUUCCCAACUGAAAGGUGAUCAAAGAACUCCAUGCUAUGAAUCAGCAAACUCUUUCUGCUGAGAAAACAUGGUGGCGGAUCUUCGAACAGAAUCUUCGGAUUACCGGACCGAGCUCUUGUCGCCGGACGCGACGGGAGAGACUGUGACAGUGCCAACUGAGGCAUCGUGGAGGCUCAACAUGGAUGGAUUCAACCUUCCAGCUGAGAGAAGCAUGGAUUCUUACUUUGGCCUUGGCUCUUUUGUAAACUCAUUAAGGAGGCAGAGAAAAAUUGCGCAAUAUUACAAGAGGCAGAAUAAGCUUCUCAAAGGAUUCAACGAGAUAGACUCAUUUUCUGAGAUGGGUUUUUGGCCUGGAAGUUUAACACAGGAUGAGGUGAACCAACUUGCAAGAAAUGAAAGGAUGGCAAUAUAUACAUCUAAUGCGGCUAACUUGGUGCUUUUCCUGGCAAAAGUUUAUGCUUCAGUUGAGAGCAGAUCUUUGGCAGUAAUUGCUUCAACUUUGGAUUCUCUCUUAGACCUCUUGUCCGGCUUCAUUCUUUGGUUCACUUCUCAUGCAAUGAGAAAACCUAAUCAGUAUCGGUACCCGAUUGGUAAAACCCGGAUGCAACCUGUGGGAAUUGUUGUUUUUGCAUCUGUAAUGGCAACUCUUGGACUACAAAUAUUGUUCGAAUCUGGGCGGCAACUUCUCACAAAGACUCAACCUGAUAUGGAUCCAGUGAAAGAAAAAUGGAUGAUUGGGAUAAUGGUGUCUGCAACAGUUGUGAAGUUUGUGUUGAUGGUGUAUUGUCGUAGAUUCAAGAACGAAAUUGUUCGAGCUUACGCUCAAGAUCAUCUGUUUGAUGUCAUCACUAACGGAAUUGGUCUUGCAGCUGCAGUUUUAGCAAUCAGGUUUUACUGGUGGCUUGAUCCUGUUGGAGCUAUCAUUAUUGCUUUGUACACAAUGGGGAACUGGGCGAAAACAGUGAUGGAUAAUGUGUGGUCACUGAUAGGGAAGACAGCACCAGCAGAGUACUUGGCAAAAUUGACAUAUCUGAUAUGGAACCAUGACAAGGAGAUCACGCACAUUGAGACAGUGAGAGCAUACACUUUUGGCUGCAACUAUUUUGUGGAGGUUCACAUUGUCUUGUCCGGAGACAUGUCUCUCAGCCACGCACAUAACAUCGGAGAGACGCUUCAGGAAAAGAUCGAAAACCUUCCUGAGGUGGAACGAGCUUUCGUUCAUGUCGACUUUGACACUACUCACAGGCCUGAGCACAACAAUGCUAAGUUAGCACCAUCUUGAUCAAUAAAAUCAGACAUGAAGAGUGGAAUAGAAGUAUGUGUUUUUUAUUUGGUGCUAUAAUUAUUGUACAAGGGUUGUUUAAGGUUUUAAACAAUAUUUAUUUUUAGUUUUGUUAAAGAAUCAAUUCCAAUGGUUGAAGCUUACUGAAAUAUUUAUGAUUUGAUUGAUUGUAAACAACAAUUUGUUCCAACACUUUAUUAUUUAUGAGAUUUGAAUUUAAUA